CAUGAAACCACCGAAACACAAAUUGCAUUGCUUCACAAAAUUAACCUGUCGAAUUAUGUUAUUUUGCUUAAUCUUUUCUGUGACUCUUGAGCUUAUUCUGCAAUGUAAAACCUAUUCAUAUGCAUAGGGAUAUAAUAUAAGGAAUACAUCCUAGAGUUUUCAAGGUUUUGUUAAGGAUCCAGUGUGUUAUAUAAGGUUUUGUGUGUGGUCACUUCCUCUAUUUUCUGUUCCCUGUGAGCCUGAGAUUAUAUCUGGAGCUGGAACAGACUUGCGUAAAUCAUUGAGCAAUCUCUUUUGGCCUGUGAAAUCCACAGCUCUUUUCGUGUGUAAUAGUGUUUCAGUCCCCCUUUCUACUUCUCUUUGGCGGUCCAGGGUAACGAGGAUAAAAUGCACAUAAUAAUCCGAAGCUUGGUCCUAUUUUUGUGGAUGCAUACACUGACCUUAGUGAAAAGUCAAGACUGUACACUUGAAGAAUUUUUAAAUGGGCCCCUGUAUGAUUCUAACUUUGACACAACUACUCUGGAUGCUACCUACUCUGGUGGAAGACAAGUGAGAGUGGGCUGCAAUGUUGGUUUCAGUGGCUUUUUCAAACUGGUCUGUGUCGAGGGUAAUUGGCAGUCCAGAGGCUCUAAAUGUCAGCCAAGAUCAUGUGGUCAUCCCGGUGAUGCACAGUUUUCAGAUUUUCAACUAGAGAAGGGAGACGAUUUUGUCUUUGGAUCACAAGUUAUAUACACCUGCCACAAAGGUUAUCAAAUGGUCAGUCGGACCAACCGCCGCCGUUGCAUGGCAGAAGGCUGGGAUGGUGUCCUCCCUGUCUGUGAAGCCCAACAGUGCCCUGUGAUUCAUGUGAACAAUAAUGUUCAAGUGAUUGGGGACCCCGAGGAGGCAAUUUUUGGCAACGUACUUCAAUUUACCUGCAAGUCCGGCAGUGAAGUCCUAUUUGGGCCAUCACAGAUCUAUUGUAAUGAAAAUGGAGACUGGAGUGAUGAAGCUCCAAAGUGCAAAGUGAUAAAAUGCACAGUACCUGUGAUUGAAAAUGGCUAUGUGCCUGGAAAUAUCCAAGAGUACAACGAACACGAAUUCCUGAAUUUUGUAUGUGCACCAAAAUAUAAGCCUAGCGAGAGCAGACAAUCAAGAUGCACAAAAAUAGGAUCACACGCAGAUUGGAGCCCCACACCUUCUUGUGAACCAAUAAGAUGUAAAAUAAUACUGCCGCCCACUGACGGAACAACGUAUGAGCCUGAUUUCAAAAAUGUGUUUUCACCUGGUGACCUACUAAAAGUAUCAUGUGGAGCGAAAUACUGGAUUUCUAAUGUCCAGGACACCUCAGCAGAAGUAACAUGUCAAGAGGACGGAGAGUGGAGUACGAGGCCAUUGUGCAAAGAGGUUACGUGCACCACUCAACGACCUCAAUUUGUAAAUAGAUGGUAUAUUCCUUGGCAACAACCAGUAACAUUGGGUCAGACUUUAAAUUAUAACUGUCGGCAAGGCUACAGGAGGAAAGAUGGUGCCACCUUUGCCACAUGCACCAGAAAUGGCUGGAUGCCAUUUCCACUUUGUGAAGCGAUCACAUGCGACAGACUUGAUAUCCACAAUGCAGACAUUAUUAAACCGAAGCAGAUAUACAGACUCAAUGAAUAUGUCAAUUAUGUCUGCAACGAAGGUUAUGAAGGAAAGUUUCAUAUAACCUGUACGGAAUAUGGCUGGAGCAGCCAUCCACCAUGUAGAGAGAUAACAUGCAACGUACAAUAUUUCAAUAAUGCAGACAUCGAAGGACACGUUCAGUCAGUGUACAAGUAUAAUGACCAGGUUGAGUAUGUCUGCAAGAGUGGUUUUCAGGGACGUUUUUCACUGACCUGCAAGCAAGAAGGCUGGAUCGGGUCUAGGAAAUGUACAGGGAGGCGGUGUAUAAAACCCUACAUCAGCGAUGCAUACAUUACCAGCAAUGACAAGCAAAGUUACGGCCACGGUGAAAAAGUCAAGUAUAGAUGCACACACAGUGAAGAAAAGGUUUUUACUGUUACCUGCGUACAAGGUGUUUGGGCUGGGAUUAAGAGCUGCACAGGAUGUCCAAGCGUUGAAAUUUUACAUGGAUUUACAGUUGGCCCAUACAAUGGCACUCUGUACUACACCUGUGAUGAAGGUUAUAAGCUUUUCACCAAAGGGUGGUGGAGUGUAGCCAAAUGUAAUGGCAGCGCGUGGACUGGACUUGAAAAAUGCAUCGAGAAAAGCAAGUGUGGAGAACUUCCUGUGAUUCCUAAUGGAGAAGUGAAACAUCAACAUGAUAACCUAAGACAAGAGGAAACCCUCGCGAUUGUUUGUAACGAAGGAUACAACGCUGAGCUUGAUCACUUAACUUGUCUCCAGGGAAAAUGGCAUUCAAAUGGAAAAUCACUCAAAACAAUCUGUGCACCCAUAGUCAAACCAUGCCAUCCCCCACCUAAAGUGGAGAAUGCUGUUGUUGUGGGUUCAUAUCAGAGGGAAUAUUUGUCUGGCUCCGAAGUGACUUAUCUCUGCCGCGAUAAUUACACAAUGGAGGGAGAGGCCACAGCUACAUGCAACAAUGGGGAAUGGGAGAAGAGGGACUUUAACUGUAGAGCCCCGCUGCUCCCUGAGAACUGGGGACAAACACACAGGAAUUUUGCUCAGAAAACAGAGUUUGUCAUUGGAGUUCGCCUCAGUUGGACCCUGUUUGCUGCUGCACACCCGCUCGCCGAAAUGCGACUGUCUUUAAUACUUCUGCUCCUCCAACUGUGGGGGCAUGUGAAAGUUUCUUUAUCACAGAACGCAUGUGCGACGCUGCCGGAUGUUCCUAACGGCCAUGUGUCCGAAGAGACCAAAAAAGCUGAGUACCAAGAAGGAGAUCAGAUACAUUUCGCUUGCGAAACUGGUUACAUAUCAGGUCCAACCAUCACAUAUUCAUGCUCAAGAGAAGGCUGGGUGGCAGUCCGUCAGGGAAGCUGCUACUUAAGGCCAUGUCAACUUCCUGAUGACACUCCCAAUGGCUAUUAUCAAAUUAUCCAUGGUGACGACUUUGUUUUUGGAGCAACUAUCAAAUACUUUUGUAAUGAAGGGUAUCAAAUGGUGAGUAAAGAGGACGUCCGUACUUGUUUGCUGGACAGAUGGACCAAUCAUGUGCCAGUAUGUGAUCCUUUGAGCUGUGACCCCCCACUUGUAGAUGACAAGAUUACAGUGAAAGGUUUACCAGAAAAUGAAGAGCCCAUACUUCCUGACCGCUUCCUCAGAUUCAGCUGUGAUGGUCCUGGGAAAUAUCUGAAUGGCAGUUCCUUGCUGACAUGUGGGAAAGACGGAAAGUGGGAUAAUCCAUUCCCCUCUUGUGAAGACAUAACUUGUAUGGUUGGCACGAUGCACCCUAAUCUCAGUGCAGAUGGAUUAGUACCAGGAAAUGAAAACGUGAAGGCUGGCCACAGAUUAAGGUUCCGCUGCAACGAUGAGUACAGACUGGAAGGGUCUGAAGUAAUUCAGUGUUUACAAACUGGGCAGUGGAGUGCCGCUUUUCCGACUUGCAUUGACACAUGCAAAGUCACAGGAGUACCAAACAACGUACACCUCAGGACACAUGCACCAGGCAAUCAACUAACACCAGGACAGAAGUUAAGGUUUUCUUGCCGCCUGCGAAGUCACUUUAUUCAGGGGAAAGCAGAAGUUGAGUGUUUGGAAAAUGGAGAGUGGAGUCAUCCCUUUCCGACAUGUGGCGCUCCUUCGGGUUGUGAGAGACCGCCACCUCUCGACAAUGGAGACACCAGGGAAACUCAAAAGUACAGAUACGCGCAUAAUGAACGGGUUGAAUACGUCUGUCAGAAAUACUACACUAUGCAGGGUGGGCCCUUCAAAACGUGCAACAACGGUGAUUGGACCGGAGAGAUGAGAUGCCUCAAACCCUGCACUGUGGAUACUGAAGUCAUGAACAAAAAUAAUAUUGCAUUCAGAUAUACCUAUGAAAAAAAGCUGUAUUCAACCCAUCUUGAUUAUAUGGAGUUCGCGUGUACCAGAGGAAGACGUCUCGGCACAGUGGCAAUGCGUCAGAGGUGUAUUGAUGGUGUGAUAGUACUGCCGACUUGCCUGUAGGGGUUUAUUUUGUCAACUGGAUGUGAGAGUCGUGUACUAAUUCAGUCAUGUAUUGAUCCAGUAAAAACUUACAAUAUGCUCACUCUGCCUGAACACUUAUUAUGACAAUAAAGUCUACGUGUCCCAUCUUGGCUCUUUACUGGGCUGAGAGGAAGGGUCAUGUCAGCUUUUCUGGAGAAAACUCCUCUUCCCAGGCAGACAAAAAUACAAUAACUGCAUAUUUCGCCGUCUGUAAGCACGGCUAACUGUCUGCAAGUCCCGCUAUAUAUUAUGAUACGUGCAUAACAAAGAGUUCUGAAUGACAAAAAGAUGCUUUAUACUUGGAAUGGUUCUGUAUGAAAACUAAGUUUAAUGCUGUGUAAAUAGAAUACAGCUUCCAGCUUGCAUUCCUUUUUAAUUAACGUUCCUGGGUGGAAGUAGUUUAAGGAAGUAAACUUUGAUUGAUUUACCCGCUUAUGGAGGCAGACCUUUAUUUGUAUUAAUCCUAAAAUGAAGCAGUGGCAGUUCCUAGAAGUUUCUUAACUAUGCACGUCAUCUGGCGUGAACGUCAUUCGGGGAUCCUUGCUGUAGCGUGCGCACCAUAAGUAACAGGCAUUUUCCAGACGCUUGAGAGAAAACAUCAAUGUUCGUGACAAAAGUAUAGAUUUAAAAUGAACAAAAACAAUAAAAACUUAAACAAAACGUGUUGUUUUUGGUUCCUUCAGCAGACUCGGGAACUUCCUAAGAUGCUCCUAAGUCGCAUCCAUUUCUAAGAGUUUCAUCAGUUACGAUGCUUUUGGGAAACACCUCUUGAGCUUAAAAAGAUUCAUAAAAUGGCCUUUUUACAAUCAUCUUAACCUUGUGAUGCUUUUGGGAAAUGAUGCCCUGUUCCUUUUUUAGCAGAUAUGUUUUGAAAAUAUACAGAAAAGAACUAAUGCACAAAUUACAUUUUGGUAAUCAGCA